GGGGGGCAACCAGACCUCCAGAGGGAACUCCCCCCUUAACCAACGCCCCCGGUAAAAGUUUUGGGCACUAUCUCCUCUGUCUCUCGGUGCAGUGUUCAGUGAAGCAGCGUGGAAGUGUGGGCAAAUGUUUAUGGACUUUUAAUUUUAGAUCCACCGAGCCCAAGGUCUGCAGCCCCCCGCCCCGCUUUGUCUGUGGGCUGGGACCACGGCGUAGGCAAGUUGUGUCGGAGUGGUUCUGGAGGCAGACCCGAGCGGUCGCCGUCCCUGUUUAAGACAGACAAAGGAGGGAAGAAGCAUGUCCCGUCUGUCUCUAACACGSUCCCCGGUUUCUCCGCUGGCUGCUCAAGGAAUUCCUCUCCCAGCUCAACUCACCAAGUCGAACGCUCCUGUGCACAUCGAUGUAGGAGGACACAUGUACACCAGCAGUCUUGCUACCUUGACAAAGUACCCCGACUCCAGAAUAAGUCGUCUGUUUAAUGGCACAGAGCCUAUUGUCUUGGACAGUUUAAAACAACAUUAUUUCAUUGAUCGAGAUGGGGAAAUUUUCAGAUAUAUAUUAAGCUUCCUAAGGACAUCUAAGCUACUGCUCCCAGAUGACUUUAAGGACUUUAAUCUUUUAUAUGAAGAAGCAAAGUAUUACCAGCUGCAGCCAAUGAUUAAGGAACUUGAGCGAUGGAAACAAGAGAAAGAACAAAGGAAACAUUUCCAGCCUUGUGACUGCUUGGUUGUAAGAGUAACUCCAGAUCUGGGGGAGAGAAUUGCAUUGAGCGGGGAGAAGGCUUUGAUAGAAGAGAUCUUCCCGGAGACCGGGGAUGUGAUGUGCAACUCGGUGAACGCAGGCUGGAACCAGGACCCCACGCACGUCAUCCGCUUCCCCCUGAACGGCUACUGCCGCCUCAACUCCGUGCAGGUGCUUGAAAGAUUAUUUCAAAAGGGAUUUAGCGUGGCAGCUUCCUGUGGUGGUGGGGUGGAUUCCUCCCAGUUCAGCGAAUAYGUGCUGUGUCGUGAAGACAGACGGCCACAACCCACCCCAACAAUCAGAAUAAAACAGGAGCCCCUGGACUAGACCCUCCCCACACCCCCUUUCUAACCAUAGAAGUGUUUAAUAGUCCCUUACAUGAAACACUGAGGAUUUGCAAAACAGUAUUAGCRAACAGAUUUUGACUUUAUGUUGCCAGUUAGUGGUAUUUUGAAACUACCUGUCACAUAGCCAGCCAUGGAAUGCUUUUGGAAAAGUUGUCCGUGGUUCCCGGUGAAGCUCCUGAGCAUGCUCAGCAUGGAAGGGCUGGGAUGGACUUUGGGCUGCCCAGCAGUGGUGUGGAACAGGCAAAGCUUGCAAACCCUGCUGGGGUCUGCAGCGAGAGCUGUGGAAGCCGUGGAGCAGAGCAGCAGGAACAGCGGCCCCGAGAGCUGCCAGGAACCCCGGAGCUGCGCCGCGGGGACGGGGGCGUCGACAGGAGGAAGAACCCUAAAAACUGCACUGAGAAUCUUCCCUGACUGCUGCCCCUCCUCCAUAUCAGACAUGCUUUACACCCCCAGCAUCGCGGCCACCUGGGGAUUGUAUCACCCACACAAGCAAAUGGCUUAUUUUUGUACUACAUUUCCAGCUGAGGUCUCUCUCUGUGAACAGGAUCCAGAACCAGAAAAGGACUGAUUUAUAGUCACUGGUGCUCAGUACUAAAUACCACCCAAA